GAUUGCAAUGGAUAACCGUCUAGAAAAAGCAAAGAGCAUUGCAGUUUCGAAGCACCCACGCAAGGAAAAUACGACAAUACAGUAUGGAACAGCUGGUUUCCGAUGCAGAGCUGAACUCCUUGACCAUGUUAUUUAUCGGAUGGGUCUGUUGGCAGUUUUAGCAUCUAAAUGUAGAAAAGCAACCAUUGGUGUAAUGAUCACAGCUUCCCACAAUCCUGAGGAAGAUAAUGGCGUGAAGCUUGUCGACAAACGUGGUGAGAUGAUGCCCCCAGCCUGGGAGAAAUAUGCCACAGAACUGGCUAAUGUUGAGGAUGAACACAUUCCAAACAUCCUAAAGAAAAUUAUUAACUCAGAAAAUAUAGAAACGUCUUACAAGGCCAAAGUAUUCUUUGCGAGAGAUACAAGGCCAAGCAGUUCAUCUUUAGCGCGAGCAUUGCAAAAUGGUAUUCAGGCUCUUGAGGGAAACUUUCAUGACUAUGGGUUGCUGACCACACCUCAGUUGCACUACAUGGUUUGUUGUGAAAACACCAAUGGCCGCUAUGGAGUUGCAUCAGAGGAUGGCUACUACAACAAACUGUCACAGGCUUUUGUGAAGCUCAGAGAUUUGACUUCUGGAGAUGGUGGCUAUCAGUCAACAGUUCAUAUAGAUGCAGCAAAUGGAAUUGGAGCAUUGAAAAUGGAGUUGCUGGAUCGACAUCUCAAUCACACUUUGGAAGUAGAGAUAUACAACAAUGGAAGUGAGGGAAAACUUAACUUCGAGUGUGGUGCAGACUUUGUGAAAAUCAAGCAGCAGGCACCUCGAGGCCUGACAAUUAAACCUGGAAUGAAAUGUGCAUCGUUUGAUGGUGACGCCGAUAGGAUUGUUUACUUCUACACUGAUGAAGAUGGGAGUUUUCAUUUAGUGGAUGGAGACAAAAUUGCUACUUUAAUUGCAGGUUAUCUUCAGGAGCUGGUUUCCAGAAGCGGCAUCAAGCUGAAGCUUGGUCUUGUGCAGACGGCUUACGCUAAUGGUAGCUCGACCAACUACAUCACAAGAGAAUUGAAAGUUCCUGUAGCCUGCGUACCGACUGGUGUGAAACAUUUACAUCACAAAGCACAAGAGUUUGAUAUUGGUGUCUACUUCGAGGCUAAUGGGCAUGGGACAGUACUGUUUAGUGACCAUGCUUCGGAUAUGAUCCUGGAUGUGAGUGGAGACACAAGUUUACCUGCCGACAGACGACAAGCUGCUGUCAAGUUAUCUGUUCUCAUGGAUCUCAUUAAUCAGGCAGUUGGUGAUGCUAUGUCUGAUAUGUUGCUGGUGGAAACUAUACUGUAUGACAGAGGGUGGAGUAUACAGGAGUGGAACGCUUUGUAUACAGACCUACCGAACAGACAGCUCAAAGUUAAAGUAAAUGACCGUACAGUGAUCACAACUACAGAUGCUGAGCGAAAGGUCGUGACCCCGGAUGGACUCCAAGCAGCCAUUGAUCAACUAGUUGAAAAGUAUCCAGAUGGAAGGUCCUUCGUUAGACCUUCAGGAACAGAGGAUGUUGUUAGAGUUUAUGCUGAAGCAGAUACCCAGGAAUCAACUGACCGGCUGGCUGGAGAGGUUGCGGUAAAGGUCUUUGAGAUGGCAGGUGGAGUUGGGGAGAAACCUGUUGUUCCUUGAUACAACACUGCGUGAUAGUGUUCAUCAAAUAUAGAGUGUCUUAAAUCUGCAUCUUGACAUUUUGUGCUAUGAUAUCUGUAUUUUGACAUUUUGUGCCAUUAAAUCUCUAUCUUGACAUUUUGUGCCAUUAAAUCUGUAACUUGACAUUGUAUGCCAUUAAAUCUCUAUCUUGACAUUUUGUGCCAUUAAAUCUGUAUCUUGACAUUUUAUGCCAUUAAAUCUCUAUCUUGACAUUUUGUGCCAUUAAAUCUGUAACUUGACAUUGUAUGCCAUUAAAUCUCUAUCUUGACAUUUUGUGCCAUUAAAUCUGUAACUUGACAUUUUAUGCCAUUAAAUCUCUAUCUUGACAUUUUGUAUCAUUAAAUUUGACUUCAUGUUGUAAGAGUCAGACUGCAAUCAACAGUAUUAUAUUGAGUUACAUAAUAAAUGCAGUAAUAUGCAUUUUAAUAUAGAAAUAGAGAAGAACUAAUUGAUUUAUUAACCAGUACACACACACACAGACACACACAUUUCUAAUGUAUUGAUCAAUCUGUACAGUUCAAAUGUGAUUUCCCAUCAUAAUUUACAUUUUGUAACAGAAAAAAGUAAAUAUUUUUGUUAAUUACACUAUUUAUAUUUUUUUAAAAGGUAUAUAUCACUUAGUAUAUACAGUGUCAUUUGGACUAAACUAUGUUGCUGAAGAUAACUGGGGGUUUUGAUUAACAUAAUAGUUGGGGGUUUUAAAAGUUGUUAGUGGAAAUUAUGCCAUUAUACAAUUUAUUAUCUUGAGUAUGACAUAUCUUAAGAUUAAGCUUAUGAUGUUUGGCUGUAUAUAGGAAUUGUACAUUACCAUUUUUAAUUUUUUGUACAUUAAGUGACAAAUGACAGUUUUUUUUAAUAUAAUCUUCUUAACAUUCUAUCAUAAUUUUGAUAUUUUAUAAUUAAUUAUACCUAAGCCCAUCAGUCCUUUGGUUAAAAGUUAGAGAUAAAAGAUUAUGUAUGUAUCACAUUUUUUCCUGUGCCUUCACUUGAUUUAAUAAAUCCUAUGUCAAAUUACAAACAUAGAUUAAUGAAUGAUAUCCAUUGUGGAUCUUAUUAUUAUUGUUGAUUAUAUUCAUGUUUUUGUUAGAAUAAUAUCUUCAGAAUUAUAUUAUUAUAUAGUAAAUUAAAGAAUGGUGCAAAUUAUAUUGGUGCUCAAGGAAAUCCUUCGCAAUCAUAAGAUUCAUUAGAUAUUUGAUUGCAAAUAAUUAAUUAUAGACCUUUGUACUCAUGGUUUGUUAAUUUCACAUGGCCAGAAUUAUGUACUUAUGUUAAGAAUAUUGUGUGACUAUUGCUUGUUUUUAUUUAUAAAUUGUGUUUCUCAAUAUAAUAUUAAAUAAAAUAUGUCUAAUGGUGCACAGAGUGCAUUUUUAUUGCUUAUUUAUAAAUCUUAUUUUUACAUACUGAAAUUAUUCACUUGUUAUUCAUACUGUGCACCGCACUGGUCAAUUGAACUGAAAAAUAUUUAUGAUACAUUUGUUUGUUUUAUUGUAACUGGAUCAUAGUAUAAAUUUAGGGUAAAUAUAUUUUAUGAUCAGUAUUUUGGUACUUUUUUCUAAUAAAUAGAUUCCAUUUGCACACAUAAUUUUCUUAAUUGCUGCUGAGAAAAUAAUAUAUUGUUAUAAUUCCAAUUUUAUAUUAUUUUCAUAAUGUGAAAGAUAUUUCAUUUUUGUAAACAUGAAGUGCCGCCCCUUGUUCUCCGUAUGCUAUGCAACAAGUUUUUCGGAUCUCUGCAUGCUAUGCAACACAAUAUUUUCAGAUCUCUGCAUGCUAUGCAACACAAUAUUUUCAGAUCUCUGCAUGCUAUGCAACACAAUAUUUUCAAAUCUCUGCCUGCUAUGCAACACAAUCUUUUCAGAUCUCAGCAUGCUAUGCAACAAGUUUUUCGGAUCUCAGCAUGCUGUGCAACACAAUAUUUUCGGAUCUCUGCGUGCUAUGCAAUACAAUAUUUUCAAAUCUCUGCAUGCUAUGCAACACAAUAUUUUCAGAUCACUGCAUGCUAUGCAAUAAUUGUUUCAAAUCUCUGCAUGCUAUGCAAGACAAUAUUUUCAGAUCUGUGCAUGCUAUGCAACACAAUCGUUUCAGAUCUUUGCAUGCUGUGCAACACAAUAUUUUCAGAUCUCCCCAUGCAAAACAGUAUUUGCAGAUAAAGGGUUGUUCCACCCUACCGUUUUUUAUCUAAAUGAUAAAACAAAACCAGUGAUCCUAGUUAUUAACCAGUGUGACACAUUUCCAGUCAUUGAAACUUUUACUGCUAACAUACAUGUGAGUUUGGUAAUCUUGGUGUUCAUAGUAGCUGUAAAUGAAUCCUAUUUGAAAUGCUAAAGGUAUAUGUAUCUCAGAAACCAGGGCCAGCAGCCUUCAGCUCUAUUAAAAUGAAUGUCAUUAAUAAACUGCAUUCUUAAGUGGGAGUCCGUCUGUGAUCGAUCCCCUUCAAUGGGCUCAUUGGGCUAUCUCUCAUUCUAUCUAAUGUACCAUGACUGGUAUAUCAAAGGUCAUGGUAUGUUCUAUCCUGUCUGUAGGAUGGUGCACAUAAAAGAUCCCUUACUACUAAUGGAAAAAUGUAGUGGGUUUCUCCUCUAAGACUAUAUGAUAAAAUUGCCAAAUGUUUGACAGGGGAUGAUUAAUAAAUCAAGGUGCUCUAGUGGUGUCAUUCUGAUUUUGUUUGUGGCAUUCUGUAGCGAUCUUCAUGACUCCUUAUAAGAUGUCACAAGCCUAAGUUUAGUGAAGAUUGUUAAUUAUUCCAUGUAUAGAUUAAACAUAUUUUGUUUUUUAUUAGAGCAGUGUGAUAAAUAAUAUUAUGUAAGUUGCAUAGACAAUCAUUGCAGGGACAUAUUAUUUUCAUAUUUUUAGGGGAGAAGGGAGGGGGGCAAGUGAAUUCUUGGAAUGAACGAGCAUGGAAAUCUAGAGGCUCUGAAAUACCAUUUUACAGCCAUUUCAGGGAGGUUAAAAACUUAAAACAUCAGUGUCAAUAACAAGUAAUUUGCCCCUUGCAGAAAACGUUUAUUAUUUGUUAAAUACACUGUAGUAUUGUACUAGUACAACUAUAUUAUUAUUAUUGUCACUGUUAUUAAAUGACUACUGUCUUUUCAUAGUUAUUAUGUGGGUUCCAUAACGAAACUGCUGCAUAUUUUAAGAAUAAUUAUACUUAAUUACACUUUAUAUACAUAUUGAAUUAUAUAUAUAUAUUGAUCAGGAUUUACAAUUAUAUUUUAUAUAUACUAUAUGGUGUUGGUGUCAAAUAAAAUGACUAAAAUGGAA